UCCUCAUUUCAGCCAGGCCUUUCUGUUGUGUAAGAGAGACGCUCCGCUUCUUGUUCAACAAAAUCACCAUAGGAGAAGAAUCAGAAGCCAAAUCCAAACGUUACGCGGCUACCUACACGAGAUAUGGUGAUCGUGAUUUCUUGAAGAGAGAUUGGUGACCGUCAUGUCGAGAACAUCUUUGAUUCGGCGCCUAGCUCCAUAUUUCGCUGCUCGAAUCCGGCAGAACCACAUGCUUCUCAGCACCUCCUCAGCCUCCGCGCUCCGCGAAGCUGAUUCUUCCUCUUCUCCUUCUCCUGAUGCCGUUCAAAUAACGGAGAAUUGCAUCCGGAAAAUGAAAGAACUACAAGCUGGUGAGGGAUCAUCGGAGCGAAAAAUGCUUCGCUUGAGUGUAGAAACUGGUGGAUGUUCUGGGUUCCAGUAUGCUUUCAACUUGGAAGAUAAAAUCGACUCAGAUGACAGGGUUUUUGAAAGAGAUGGAGUUAAACUGCUGGUCGACAACAUUUCCUAUGAUUUUGUGAAAGGAGCAACUAUCGAUUAUGUCGAGGAAUUGAUCCGUUCUGCUUUCAUAGUGGUAGAAAAUCCAAGUGCAGUGGGUGGGUGCAGCUGUAAAAGUUCUUUCAUGGUGAAGCAAUGAAUAAUUGCGAUGAAGCCUCUGUAUUUACCAGCACGGGCGGUAAGCGAUCAUUCAUGUUGGGACUCAUUGGCCUUAUUAACUCAAUUUUUUCAAAAGAACCAAAAUUUUCCAGCUUCAGCCAUUUGAAUGUAAUGUUUAGAUUCUUUACACCUUUAUAGUUUUACCAUGUAAUAAGGGCUUUUGUUUAUUCUUUGCCCUCAGGAGAUUUCAUAAUUUUUUUAUUCUCUGUUUAGCAGUUUUAUGGUAUUAUCAACGUAGAGGAGGACGAUGGGGCCUCCCAUUUACGGUUUCAGAUAUAUUAUUUAUGUUACAGUACUGUUACAAACACAUUAAAAGAGCUUUUUUUUUUUAUA